AUGGCGCCUCGUACCAACGUCACAGCAUGGCCGAGAGCUGUGCGCGCAGUUCGUCGACAUCGGCACGAGGGCUUUAUGUCCUCGUCCUCCGCCUCGUCAGCUUCUUCCUUCACUUUCUCUUUCUCCACUUCGGCUGCUGGCCACAAGGGCAACGCUCCUGCUCUGGUUCAGGAAACCUGGAUCGACGGCCCUCAGGCUCUACUUCCUAGUCUGGCCAUCUGUAGAGCCUACUCCCCACUUCCACUGCAACCCAAUAACCCGUCUUUACCUGUGGAAACAAAGCAAACAAAUACUAUUAUGCUCCCUUCGAAGACCUCCAAAAAUCGCCUUCCGGCGAUCCCCGGAGCCCUAGUGACAUCAGCGGACGUCAUGUUGACCAUAGAAACUUCUGCAGCCACAAAUGAUAAUGUCAUGAUUAAAUCUCUGCCUCAGUAUUGUAUCUCGGAUCUCACGAACGAACAGGCAGAAGCCACUACUGCUUCCGAUGUUCCCAAGCGCGAGCAGCAAGGAGCAUUCGGCUACAUCCAAUUUGCAGAUUCUGAUAGAGUGCUAACUCAAGGAAGCCCUGAAGGACGAUCGUUGCAGCUUCCCCACGUACAUCACCACAAGUUCCGAAAUAGCACGCCUCUUCAGCAUAAGCCGGAUUCGUUUAUUCUGCUUUCACAAGCUUCGGAUGAAUCUCAGCGAGACUGUCAACAUCUAGCCGACCAAUGCCAUGAGGCAGGAGAGGCCCUACAAACGCAACUAGAGCAUCAUCCCCAGCAACGAAACUGCCAGAUUCCACAGCCCUAUGGACCUUUCCAGAAGCCGAAAGGACCCAGCAGGACCCGCCAGACAAUUCCCUGCAGUGAAACUACAGUUGCUUCAGUACAUAAUUCAACAGAACCUCCGAGUUCUACAAGCAAUCCUUGGGCUGCGUUGAAUCCAUCUUCCUUCCCUCUGGAACAAACUGGUCCUUUCUCUCUUGCUCUGGUAGGCAAAAAUCUUCUAUUCAUAUUCAAUACUACCAGAGGAUACGAAGAGUAA